GCAGGGCAGUUUUCUGUUUGCCACAUGAACGCGAUGUCGUGUUAGACUGUUGCGUAGUCGAAAUUUUAAAUGAGAAAAGUGUAAAUACCAUACGUCUUACCGCAAAGAAAACACGAACUGCACAUCUAAAUUUAGAAAUACAUACUUGUGUUAUUUUUAAUUCGUUUGGAAUUUUUCGUGACAUGUUUGGUAUCUAAGUUAUGAAUUAUUUUAUAGUAUUUUUCUGAUUACUUUUACAGUUUUGUGUGUGGACGUGUGUAUUGGAUUCUGAUUUGAAUUGUACUUUUCAUAACCAAUGAUGACGUGACAAUAAAUUAUGCGGGAAAAUAGUGAUAUGUCAUAGUGACAGUGACAAUUGAAAAGAUGGCGGCGUUAGUACGAUUAGUAUGUGCAUUAAGUGCUUUUGUGUGUGUGAAUGGACAUGUUGCUCUUACCUACCCACCGGCUAGGAAAUAUGAUUUAGACUUUUUAGAUAAUUCAAGAACAAAACCGCCAUGUGGAAUGCCCAAAGGAUCAAUACGGACAUCAUUUUUAGCGGGAUCGGCAUUCACAGUACAUUGGCAUUUAGCAUAUGCACACCGGGGUGGAUUUAGUUUAAGAAUAUUGGAUUACUUAGAGCGACCUCUAUUGGAUCUUACACCAAGAGCUGGCGGUUCCGAGUUUGUUCGUGAUGAUGUGACUGCUCAAAAGUACGAAGUGCAUUUACCAAGUGACUUCACCUGUGAAAACUGCACACUGCAAUUGCAAAGAGAAGCCGGAGAGUGGGGGGCCAACUAUCGCUUCUGGUCAUGCGCAGACAUCGAUAUAGUACCACGUAAACAAUUCCAUGAGACGUGUUCAGGCAAGGGUUUCCACAUCCUCGGUAGAUGCAAAUGCAAUAAAUUGCACAGUGGAGCGCGGUGCCAGUUCUCCGAUGAAUGUUCUGAGGAUACUGACUGUGGUCUCCGAGGGAAGUGCGUGGAUGUCAACGCUACGGAGUCUCCCAGUCGAAUGUGCUACUGCCCUCACGGGUUCUAUGGGAAGGGGUGUAAUAAAAAGGCUCCAUGGAAAGACAAGGCAUUGAACCUAGGACUCUACAGCAAGAGGGAGUUGUCAAAGGACUUCUCCCUCUACUGGCGCGUGAUCAAGGACCUUCAGGAGAUGGAAAUCGUUAUGAUGGUUAACGGGACUUCUUAUGCAGCCGUUGGGUGGCGCCCUCAAGGUUUGAAGAAGGAAUGUAAAAACUUCCCAGUGUUGGGGUCACCACCUGAAACACAAUCAGAGCCGUUGCCAAAACCUGAGCCAAAAUCAGAGCCGGCACCUAAAUCGGAGCCAGAACCGUCACCUGAGCCUAAAUCAGAACCGCAACCAGAGCCAGAACCCAGCCCGGAACCAUCGUCAGAACCUGAGCCUACACCUGAACCUAAAGCAGAACCUGUACCCGAACCAGAGUCACCAAAGUCAGAGCUGACAUCUACAUUAGAACCAAAGCCCGAACCAUCUUCGAAGUCUGACGAAACAAGUACUGAAGCGUAUAACUAUGAAAACGACCGAAAUAAACGCGUCGCAAUGCACACAUUGGACGGUUUUGACUUUAAGAACCUGGGAAAUGAUGUUACUGUAAAAACCAGUAUUUCCUACAAAAUUUCGAGUUCAAAAGGUCGCAAAAAACGAGCUGCUCAAGAAAUUGAAAAGUCAAAUGUGGAAACAUCGACCAGUUUUAUAGACCAUGAAACUGAAAAUUAUCCAAUUCCUUUACCAACAAAACCCACCGUAGAAUUGCCGUCUCCAACUAAACAUAAGCCAUUUAAACCAAAGAUUAAGCUAGGUCCAAGACCCCUAUUGAUUUCUCCUCAAGAAUCAAAAGCUACACCUAAGCCUCCAUCACAACCUAAAACAGAACCAACACCUCAUUCACCAUCAGAACCAGAACCUUCUCCUGAACCUAAAGUAGAACCAGAACCUUCUCCUGAACCUAAAUCGGAACCAGCCCCUUCUCCCGAACCUAAAUCAGAACCGCAUUCUUCUCCUAAACCCAUAGCAGACUUAACGCCGACAAUAAAUACGGACUCCGAAUCUUCACAGGAACCAAAAUCCCGUCAGCCUAAAUCUAGAACAAUAUCUAGUAAAGAACCUACCUCUGAACCAAAAUCAGAACCUGAGCCCAAACCUGAACCGAAAUCUGAACCAGAACCUGCUCCCAAGCCAGAACCAGAGCCCUCUCCUGAACCCACAUCCGAGCCAGAAUCUACUCCAGAACCAAAAGCAGAACCAGAACCUACUCCUGAGCCUAAGUCAGAACCAGAGCCUACCCCAGAACCCAAAUCAGAACCAGAACCUUCUCCUGAACCAAAAGCUGAACCUACUUCCGAACCUAAAGCUGAACCUGAACCUACUUCCGAACCAAAAUCUGAACCUGAACCUACUCCCGAACCAAAAACUGAACUUGAACCUACUUCCGAACCAAAAGCUGAACCCGAACCUAGUUCCGAACCAAAGGCUGAACCAGAACCCACUUCCCAUCCAAAUGCUGAACCAGAACCUUCCCCUAAACGUAAGUCGGAGCCAGAACCAUCUCCCGAACCAAAUUCAGAACCGACACCCAUUCCUGAACCUGAAUCAACUCCUGAACCAACAUCUGAAAUUAAUCCCACUCCUGAACCUAGCGCAGAAGCCGAUGCAGAGAAUUUAUUAGUGAAAGGCCUAUAUGAAGAAACAGGUUAUUUCCCAUCUCACGAGUACGUGCCCAAAUUCGACUUUAAUCCAAUGGACUGCACGGAUAUAGUGAUUGGAACUGCUAGAGGGAACUAUCAUAGGGUCUUGGAUUACUAUACAAGGGACAGGUCGACUCCCCGAGUGGACACAUUCUGGGGUGGUCAUGACGAUAUCACGGCUUCAUCAGGGUUUGAAGAAAAUGGUGUAACUACUAUAAUGUUCAGAAAGAAAAUUAAGGCUAAAGAACCAACAGACCAUUCCUUAGUGGAUGAUCUGAUGCACGUGAUUUGGGCUCGUGGGCAAGAGAUGGGCAGAUAUAUACACGCACCGCCCGCGGGCCUCACGCAAGGCGACUUCUACCGCCCCGACGAGCUCAAGUACCACGGUCACGGAGACCAGAGGGGAGUUGUUGCUAUGAACUUCUUUGAAGAGACAAAAACGUCACUAUCGGGCAGCAUUAGUUCUUUAGAGAAUAACAAGUGCGGAGCGCAGUUUAAAUGGCCUACAGAUUGUGAUGUCGCAAACAACACCUGUGACUACGUUGCAUCUUGGGAGUAUCUGGGACAGAAGAGAGGAAAGGAUUCUAUUCGAUUCACCAUCAUCACCAAACAGACUAAAUAUUGGACCGGAAUUGGGUUCAGUCGGGAUCAAAAAAUGUCUCAAACCGACGCAAUACUUGGCUGGGUGGACAGUCGUUCUGGUAGACCGUUCGUUGGCGACGCCUGGCUUUCUGGAUACGCGGCACCGAGGUUCGACUCCCGGCAGGACAUUACCCAGGCAAAGGGGGAAACGUCGGACGGGUUCACGACUUUGAGUUUUGUGAGGAAACGGGAUACUGGGGAUAGUAAGGAUCUACAAUUUACGGACACGGAAUGUCUUUACUUGAUGUUCGUGACGCAGGGCGGCAAUUUCGACGCUGUAAACAAACGGACAAGCAAACACCAGCAAGUACCCAUCGUCACUGAUGACAAGAUAUGCAUUAAGCCUUGUGGACCAGAACCUAUUGAAGAAGAACAAACAACAGAAGCAAUAGUUCCUGGCUCCCACACGUAUGCCCUGCUCAUCCGGAUAACGGGUCUGGCUGACAGCUUCAGGCCUCCAGCUGCCGCUAGCCCAGAGUACGAGGAGCUGGCCCAAAGGGUCGUCAACAGCUUGGCUGGAGAAUUGGCCAGGACGAAGGGGUACAAGGAGGUCAAAGUUAACGGAUUUAUGCAAAACGAAACAAAGGCAAUACUAGCAGAAUUAACAUUAAAGUCUAUCGAAUCGAACCUCAUAGAAGGCAGCGCUCGGUCAUUGGAAGGUUCUACAGCACAGAACGAGACAGAAGAUGACACGGAGAAGUGGGAAAAGGCAGUGAGGGACACGUUGGCCAAGGGACGAGUUGGGAACUUGAAUGUUGACCCCGAGUUCUUGGUCUUUGCUCCGGAAAGCUUAGUGAUAAGCGGGAAUGAAGAGAAGAUAUCGGAAGGUGGUUUCGGGUCUGCAGCACGGCUUUGGGUGGUGGUAGGAUGUGUCGCCGCAUUAGUUGUGUUAGCUUUAGUGCAGGCUGCCUGUACUCUGGCACACUCUACCAGAGAUAAACAUAGAAAGGACCGUCUAAUUCCACAAACUGUAUGGAAAGACAUAACCUCAGCCAACACGAACUACGCAUUUGAACCGUUCGAAAACGACGAAAAAUUCAACUCUUCCCGCCCGCCCACGAGACCUACUUCCCCGCCCCCUCCCAGACCUGACCAAGCACGGAACGGUCACAGUGGCCAGAAAAAUGGAAAAAGCAAUGGGAAUAAUGGUCAUUUUAAUGGACACUCGAAUGGGCGUGUGGUUAAAACUCCCACGGGGACUGCGAAUAGGAAGCUCCAAAAUAGCGCGGCGCAGUAUUAUAAUGAUACCAGGUCGUUGCAGAGACCUAGGAGUCAGUAUGGCUACGGCCGUCCAGAGCACAGCAGCUAUUCUCUUCCCCGAGGACCACAAUCUCCUGCUUCAGUUCAAAGCGGUCACAGCGGAAGGUCCCGGGAACCGGCGCAACCAGAUUUCUACUUCAUGCCUUCGCAGAGGAAACACGAAGAAUUUUGAUGGCGAAUCGAAAACUAACAUUAAGUUACCAUAAUUUCUUCCGCACUUCAUACAAAACAGUUCUAGUCUUGUGUCACAGUUUUAAAUUAAGUUCAGCUCGCCUCAUCAUUCUAUAUUGUUAUUGAUUAUAUUAAUAUUAAACAAAAGAAUACAUUAAAAAAAAUUUUUUAACGUUAAAUAAUUUAGUAAAAUUAGCUAUGUUUAGGGUCUGUUUUACAAAGUACUUAUAAGUUCUACAUAAGUUCCAAAUUAGCUACAGUAGAACUCCAAUUAUUCGAAUUAAUGGGGACCGGGACCCAUUCGGAUAAUCAAAUAUUCGGAUAGUCGGAAUUUAAAAAAAAAAAUUGCCAUUGGAGA